GGUCAAUCUGCAAAAUACUCUCUCUCUCUUUGAACUGCUCGUGAAAUAUAUAAAGGAAAUUGGAACCAUUCAUAAUAAUAAAUAUAAACCUUGCCACUAACAACUGCGCUAUAGGUUGUUGAAUCUAUAAUAAUCUAACUUCGAUGUUUAUGUUUAAAAUGACUUGCCUAUGAACAAUGGCCCUACUGCAUUACAGGCACAGGCUAGACAACCAGUCUUGCACACCGUUCCAUAACCUCACAAAUUUUCUAUUUUUACAUUUCAAAACAGGAAAGGUUAAGGUUAAAUUAAAGUUAUUUGAGGAAACCCUACGAUGUAAAUUGUAAAUAUAGCACCGAAAACGAACAGCAAUUAUUGUCCGAACGAUGUAUUCGAAGUAUCAUAAGGCUCUCUGUUCAACAAAUAAAGUAUACAGAUGUCUGUGCAAUGGUUUGGUCACAGACGGUAGCACCCCUGGGGCCACAGCCCCUGCAGGCACUGGCAUGCCCCCAAAAGAUGCCAGGGUCGUUAUAUGUGGAGGAGGCGUGAUGGGAGCCUCGGUGGCUUACCAUCUUGGAAAACUGGGAUGGGGUAAGGAGACUGUGUUGAUUGAACAAAAUCGUAUUGGUGGAGGAACAACUUGGCAUGCAUCUGGCCUCAUAGGUGUGUUCAAGCCAAGCUUGUCUCAAGUGAAACUGACCAAGUCAAGUGUAGAUUUGUACAAAGAGCUUGAGAAUAAAGGACUGUCAACAGGCUGGAAACAAUGUGGUAGUCUCAACAUAGCAAGAACUAAGGAUAGGAUGAUUGUCUUUAAGAGGAUGAAAGCUCAGUCUGUGUCCUGGGAAAUUGACUGUGAGAUACUUACUCCUGAGCAAUGCAAAGAAAAAUGUUCCUUGUUAAGAAUUGAUGAUAUAAUUGGUGGCUUGUGGAUACCUGGAGAUGGUGUAGGUGAUCCAUAUGAAACUUGCUUGUCUAUAAUAUCAGAGGCAAAAAAAUGGGAGUUCGCGUGAUUGAGGGAUGUGGUGUCAAAAAAAUAGACCAAAUUGAUAAAAGAGUAUCAGGAGUUGAUACAUCCUUGGGCUACAUAAACUGUGAAUACUUUGUAAAUUGCGGUGGGUUUUGGGCUAGAGGUAUCGGUCAGCUCUCAGAACCCAAUGUAAAAGUACCUCUGCAUGCUGUAGAACAUUACUAUCUCCAUACAAAACCUAUUCCUGGACUAGAUCCUCUAUUACCAGUUGUUAGAGAUCAAGACGGCCAUAUCUACUUCAGAGAAAACAAAGGUCGUUUACUCGCUGGCGGAUUUGAGCCAAUAGCAAAACCGGCUUACGAAGACGGUAAAAUUCCAGGUCAGUGUUAGCUAUUUUGCAUCAGCAUUCCAACUGUUAAGGAAUAAUGAAAGGUCAUAUUUUCAGCAAGCAGCAAGGACCGAGCAUUGCCUGAGGAUUGGGAUCAUUUCCAUGUGUUAAUGGAGCAAUUGCUUCAUAGGGUGCCCAGUUUAGGCAAUGCUGUGUUGGAUAGGCUUUGUAAUGGUCCUGAGGCUUUUAGUCCGGACUGCAAGUGGAUUGUAGGAGAAACCCCGGAGAUCAGAAAUUACCUGGUAGCUGCAGGGAUGAAAACUAUCGGUAUCGCGGCAGCUGGUGGGGUUGGAAAAGCUACUGCAGAGCUUAUAGUAACUGGCGACACUGACUUUGAUAUGUACGAAUUAGAGGUGUCUAGAUUCUUAGGUCUCCAUAAUAAUAGAAAGUUCCUAAGGGACAGAGUAAGAGAGGUUCCAGGACUGCACUAUGGAAUUAUGUACCCGUUUCACGAGUUCCAGACAAGUAGAAAUCUCAGGAUGUCCCCUGUAUAUACGAGAAUGAGAGAAGCUGGUGCAGUUUUUGGACAGGUGAUGGGAUAUGAAAGACCAACUUGGUUUGAUCCAAACAUCAUACACGAUACAGAAAAUCCACACGAUUGGUGUACUCCAUAUCGGAUGGCUUAUACAAACACAUUCGCAAAACCACCCUGGUUUGACUGCGUGGCUAAAGAGUAUGAAGCUUGUAGAGAACGAGUGGGGUUGGCAGAUUAUUCUUCGUUUACAAAAAUCGAUCUAUGGUCUGAAGGUAACGAGGUAGUUGACGCCCUCCAGUAUGUCUGUUCGAACGACGUAGAUGUCCCAGUUGGCAGUAUCAUUCAUACAGGGAUGCAGAAUAAACAUGGAGGUUACGAGAAUGAUUGUUCAUUAGCCAGAUUAGCUGAAAAUCAUUACAUGAUGAUUGCUCCGACAAUUCAACAGACCCGUUGCAAAGUGUGGCUCCGGAAACACCUCCCGCCGAGCGUAGCGAUGUCUGAUGUGACCAGCAUGUUCACGGCAUUAUGCAUCAUGGGUCCCUUCACCAGAACGUUGUUAUCAGAGUUGACUGAUACGGAUCUCCAUCCUAGGAACUUCCCAUUUUUCACGUUUAAAAUGCUGGACGUCGGUUUGGCCAACGGGAUUAGGACAAUGAAUUUGACCCAUACUGGAGAGCUGGGAUACGUACUCUACAUCCCCAAUGAGUUUGCAUUGCAUGUCUACUCUAGCCUCAUAAGUGCUGGUGAGAAAUAUGGUAUCACGCACGCAGGUCAUUAUGCUACAAGGUCAUUGAGAGUAGAGAAGUUUUACGCCUUUUGGGGUCAAGAUCUGGAUACAUUGACAACUCCUUUGGAAUGUGGCAGGGUUUGGCGAGUGAAGUUUGACAAAAAAAUGGACUUCAUCGGAAGAGACGCGCUGCUGAAACAAAGGGAGGAAGGAGUGAAAAGAAUGUACAUCCAUCUUGUACUUGAAGAUCAUGAUUCUGAAAUUGAUCUAUGGCCGUGGGGUGGAGAACCAAUUUAUAGAGAUGGGAAAUAUGUCGGUAUGACUACCACGACAGGUUACGGAUAUACCUUCAAAAAACAAGUAUGUCUGGGCUUUAUAGAAAAUACUGAUUCACGAGGAGUAAAGCAAACUGUAACUCAUGACUAUGUAACAAGUGGCCAUUUUGAAGUGGAUAUUGCUGGAAUUAGGUACAAAGCAAGCAGGUAUUCGAAAAGUGCGAAAAUACGUGGUAAUCUAUUCAGGGAAUAGAGAUAUCCCAAUAAAAAGCCGUUUUCGAAAAUUAGACAUGCUUGCCUCGGCAUCGACCUUAGAGUUCAGCGCGAAAGCCAACAUUCAUUCUCCAAUCUUGCCAUCCAAACACCCAGAUCAAGAGCGUGAUGCUUACCAAGCUACACGGGGAAAAGGCAAUGAAGAAAUGAAUACUAUACACCAAAUUGUUAAGACUGUUUAGAUUGUAACAUUACCUAUUGUGCGAUUUUUGUCUAAAAGUAUUAUUUUAUUAAUUUUGUUGUAUAUUGUAUAAUUUUGUAUGUAUUGUAUAUUGGUAUGUUAUUAGGAAUUAUAUUUUUGUUAAAUAAAAACGUUUCUUGGAA